AACGAACGUAGUUGAUAUUUAUUGUAAUAAUUAUUGUUUUCGCAUAGAUUCUAAUUGUGAAGUAAGUUUUAUAAAACGGUGUCCAGUAUGGCUUCGAAUCCCGCGGAAGAAUUAGAACUUCUCGAGCGUGUCCUGCUUCGGUUGGGAUGUGCCGAUACGGACGAACAGCUGCAGAACACCGUGAACAAGUUUCUGACACCGGUGCUGAUCAAAAUUACGUCACCGCACGAGGGUGUCCGGAAGAAGGUGAUGGAAAUUCUGACUCACAUCAACAAGCGUCUGAAGUCUCGGAAUCAGAUCCAGAUUCCGCUCGGUCCGCUGCUGCAACAGUAUCAGCAGUCCAGUUCGUCGUUUUUGAUCAAUUUUGCCAUUAUCUAUAUUACGAUGGGCUUCCCUCGUAUGACGGUAGAAGAGCAAACCGAAAUGGCUCCGCAGCUUUUGAAUUGCUUAGAAGGAAAACCAGAACCCCAUCAAGACAAAAUUCUAAUGCUGGUUAUGCCGCUGCUAGGGGAAAUAAAAAUUCCCGAAAAUCCGGAAAACCGAUCGGAGUUGUUGGGUUUGUCCGGCAAGCCGCACACCAAGCUGCAAUUUCUGUCUAUUUUGAUGGAUCUGCUGCUGUUACCCUACGGGACCAUCCCGGACCGGGAAGUUCCUCCUGGGAUGAGCAGUUACACUUUCAAGCGGGUUACCAGUGAACAUUUGAAGGCGGAGGAGCUGGAGCAGCUCAAGAAGGGUAUUGUUCGUAUUCUUUGCGCUGGUAUUUUCUCCGAGACGGAAACGUUAGCCCAUCUGAUUGUGGCAUCGGCGGACACGCGCUUUUCUGUCGCUACACCGGCUAUUGUGGAGCUGAAUAAGAUUUGCUCGUCACUUGAUUGGACAGAUCCAAAGUUGUCAGCACCAUUGUAUACGUUGUUCUCCGGCAAUGGUUCUAAGAUUCCGGAUCGCAAAACCAGCCCUGUGAGCACCAGAGUUCGUCAAAAAUUGUUUCAGCAUCUGUUGAAAUGUCGAGGCAAUGGAAUUAUCACCGCUAAAGGAAUUCAAAUUAUUUUUGAAGCCCUUUUCGGUGAGAAUACGAAUCAGAAGUGCAAAGUACUUGCUCUGCAGUUUGCUGAAAAGUUAAUCACGAAUGGCCAACCGGAUUUGAUAAAUAAACUAUCGAAGGUUCUGUUAACUGGGAUCUCCAAGUUGAUCGGUAUUGGUUCGGAGGAAGUUAACGAGGUUCAAAAUGCGGCGUAUAAUGCACUGGCACAGUUAGCCAUAGUUUGUCCAGCAACGGUCAAUCACGAUGUCCAGCUGGUUGCGUCGUAUUUUGAUCAUUUGUCGCAGGGUCCUGUUGAACUGCACUCAGCAAUUAGAGAUGCUUUGGUGGCUUUGGCACAGGCAUUCGAUUGGCGAAAGCAACCCAAAGGAAGCGAACCUCAAGAAGAGAAAGAUCGUGCUAUGCUGGCAGGCGGACGAUUUGUUCCGAAUUCGAAUCAAAUUUUGUUGCUCGGUUUGUUGGGCGAAAAGGCUGAAUCCAAGUUGACCAUAGUUCAGAAUGUGGCAUCAGUAUUCUUAACAACUUGCUUCCCGGACUUUUACGUACCAUCCAGAUACUUGCUGCUAAUUAUUUGUGGUGAAAGUUCUCAAUUAAGAGAAAUGAUGACCACCUAUCUGUAUGGAGUAUCGAAAAAAGAUCAUCUAAACUAUGGGUCUAUUCUAUCAUACGAAAACUACAAAGAGGAGGAAGCUGAUCAUCCAGAAAAACCGAAUCCGUUUUCGGCUACCAACGAACCAAAGCGAAUUGUAUUGCCAUGCUUCCGUGACAUGGUCGAAUAUGUGGCUGCCAAAUCGGAACGUAAGACUGCAACGAUCAUAGAUCGUCCGGGAUAUGGUAAAGUAAAACUACCGUACAAUUUCGAUACCUAUAUAGAGAUUUUAGAUUAUCUACGACUGUGUCUUCUGUUCAACGCUGGUGUAGAUACUGACCCCAGCGAGGACAAGGAAAUGCUCAAAUUGACUGGAUUUCUGCAGAAAUUCGCUGCUGACAGUGCCAACGAAGAGAUUAUUCGAAAAUAUAACGAGUUGAUCCGCAAAUUGGUUAUUGUUCGCAAAGGUACCACCGAGCUAACCUGCCUGUUUGAUCUGGUGAACGGCAUACCGGAGGUUUUAGCGAAGGACAACAAAGAUCUCCUCGGUACGCUGGGAUCGUCUUUGAAGGAAAUUUCCGAACCAACUCGGGCUCUGAUCGCAAAAGUUUACGGAGUUUUGCUAGCGUACAACAGUGAUGAGAGCGAGCUGGAAACGCAAAUUAAAGAGCUGCUGGCUCUCACCAAUAAGUCUCUGGAGAAUCGUCAUGGAUCAAUCCUAGCGGCAGCCAACGCGAUCCACCGCAAGCUAAUUCUCACCCCCGAGUUGCAGGAUUGGAAAAUCUUCAAAGAUCUAGUUUCACUUCUAAUCGCUCUGCUAAACGACCAGCAAUCGCUACUGCAAUCGGCUUCGAUUAAAAGUCUGAGUCUAAUUGGAUCCACCUCUAAGCUGCCACUUGCUGCUUCCGCUGACGAGUCUGCUGACGAACCAAUGGAUACCAAUCAAAGUGAUCAGCAGCCGAACACAAAAACCAGCCUGUUUAAAGCCCUGCUAACCCUACUUCAGAGUGCUCACACGAAAGCCAAAAUCCGCGAGGAUGUGGCGCACUGUUUGGGAUAUCUGGCCGUGGGGGAUUCGGAGUUUUUUGCAAAACGACUCCUGGAAGCCAUGCUCGGAUUACUGAAAAUGAGUAAGGAUCCGGCUUUGAAUAUUGCCAUGGGACAAGCUUUGGUUUACACUCUACAGGGCUUGUCGAGUGGCACGAGGCAAGCCGACCGGGACACGGCCGGGAAUGUCAGUGACGAACUGCUCAGUUGGUUUUUGAUUGAGUUGGUUCGCAAGGUUAACGAACCGCACGCCUAUCUGAAGCAGACCUGUGCCAUUUGGCUGUUGGCGAUUGUGAAGAACUGCAGCAAGCGUAAACCGGUGGGCGAUAAUCGACAGAUUCUUCAAUUGGCUUUCACGGAUUUGCUCUCGGAGGACAAUGAACUCGUACAAGACGUAGCCUCCCGUGGUUUGGGAAUAGUUUACUCCAUCUCUAGUAAUGAUAAUCAGGAGGAACUGUCCAAUCUGUUGCUGGAUCAACUGGUGGGUGGGCGACGGCAGGUACAGAAGGUUACCGAAGAUACAAAGUUGUUUGAGGAAGGAAUGCUUGGGAAAGCUCCCACUGGGGGCAACCUCACCACCUACAAGGAACUGUGCAGCCUCGCAUCGGAUUUGAACCAACCGGAAAUGAUCUAUCAAUUCAUGCAGCUGGCCAACCAUAACGCCACCUGGAACAGCAAGCUGGGAGCAGCCUUCGGGCUGCAAUCGAUUUCCAAGUCGGCCAAGCUAAAGAUGGAACCAUACCUGGGCAAGAUUGUGCCGCGUCUGUUCCGCUACAAGUACGAUCCGACUCCGAAGAUACAGAAUUCGAUGAUCUCCAUUUGGGACUCGGUGGUUAGCGAUAGCAAGGCGACGGUUGAGCUGUACUAUUGGGACAUUUUGGAGGAUGUUAGUCGGAAUUUGACCUCUCCGGAGUGGAGAACACGCAUCGCGUGCUGUUUGGCUGUGCGUGACUUGAUUAAGCGACACGCUGGGCUAAAGCUACGCUCAGAGGAGCUUCCAGCGAAGAAGACUGCCGAUGCGGAGUCGGUAGAACCCAUGGAAGUAGAUGAGAAAGCAGUUCCGGAGCCGGAAUUGGUUCUCCUAUGGAGUCAGCUCUUUCGAGUGAUGGACGAUAUUCACGAGGGCACUCGAUUAGCAGCCGAUGGCACGGCAGCUGCUCUCAGUAAAGUGUGUGUGGUUGCUGCCUCUAGCGACCGGAGCAAAUCGGGAUUGGGUGUGUCUAGCUCAAUUAUUCCACUGUUCUUGGAGACCGGAGUUACGCACACCGUACCGGAGAUUAGAAAACUAAGCAUUAAAACACUUUCGGAUUUGAUUGACUCAGCUGGAGCACUUAUUUUGCCUCACUUAACCAGUUUGGUACCAUGCUUGUUGCGUGCCACUGGUGAGCUGGACUCAGCGAAGUUGUCCUACAUCUCGACAAUGAUGGCCGGUCAGAGUGGCACGCAGGAGGUAGUGGAUUCGAUGAGAGCAGAGGCUGCCAAACAACACUACACCAUGGAAACUUUGUCGAAAUGCAUAAGACACAUUGAUUUCGCGACUUUGGAAAAGAUGACACCCGCGGUGUUGGAUGUACUUAAAACUGGCGUUAAUUUGGGAACGAAAGUGGCUUGUGCUCAUUUCAUUUGUCUGAUCAGCAUCCAACUUGGGUCGGAAAUGCAGCCACUGACAAGCAAGUACUUGGGCGUUUGUUUCAGCGGAUUGUCCGAUCGUAAUGCUACGGUGCGAAAGUAUUUUGCUUCGGCCAUUGGACAUCUGAUGGGAACGGCCAAAGAACAGUCGAUCGUUCGGCUGUUUGCCAAACUGCAGGAGCUGUAUUUCGAGCAGCCAUCUAAUCGUGCGGUUCCACUAACGAUUCAAUCAAUCAACAAGCGACAUCAGGAGGUUCUGAAGGAUUAUUCUUCCAACGUUUUGCCGCUGAUGUUUUUCGCGAUGCACGAAGAGGUGACGGAUGAUAACAAAUCCACUAACGAGCUGUGGCAGGAAUUGUGGCAUGAAAUAAACACCGGCGAUGCUGGGUUACGCAUGAACUUGCCAACAAUUUUGGAAAUUCUAGAAAGUAAGCUCAAUGAUCCUUCCUGGCUGUUGAAGGCACAGGCAGGUAACGCAAUCGGUACGUUAGCUACUAAGCUAAGCUCAAAUCUUAAUGAUGAAGUAAGACUAAAGUUGAUUGAUUUGAUCCUGGCCAACAUAGCUGGCAGGACUUUUCAUGGAAAAGAGAAACUUUUGCAAGCGUUGGCGAGUUUGUGUAAGAACCUGAAGAAAGACACUAAUCACUACACUCGAAUCAUAGACGCUGUGAUGAAAGAGUGCCGCAAAGAAGAGCCAGUCUAUCGGACCCAUGCACUGAAAUCUUUGGGUAACAUUUUGGACGAGCUGAAGGAAGAUCGAUUCGAGGAAGUUUACAAUAUGGUUUGGUACCUGCUGGAUAAGCAGGACCUCUCGGAUGACGAUAAGGAUGACAAGGAGGUGGUGUCGUCGGACGAGAAGAACAAGCAGAUGUUGAUUUUUGUCAACCUGAAAGAGACGGUUUGCGAAACGCUGGGAAAGGCAUGGCCUGAGCACUCGAUGGAAACGCAAGAGCGCUAUCAGGUUCGAUUCGUUCAAAAGUGCGUACAGUGCUUGAAGCUGAACACCCGGCAGGUACAGAUAUGUCUGCUGCAGUCGCUGGGAAGAUUCCUGGAACGGCUACAUCUGUUAAAAAAGGAACCGGCAUCGCCGGAGGUGGAAGGAAAUAAGGAGAAAAAGGCUAAAGUUGAGGCCGAGAGCAGCGAUGCUGUUUUAGAGGACAUCUGCAAGACGGUACUGUCGGCGAUCGUGGAAGUGGCAGGAAUUCCCCACACCGGAUUGAAGAAAGAAGCUCUGAACAUAAUGUUGAUUUUGAUCAAUAAACUAAAGGCGAAAGAUUCAUCAUCGCAGGCUGGUUCCGAGCUAGCGAUGGUUCGACAUACUUUCGAGCAGAUCUCGACCUUGCUCCAGAAGGAUGCAGCGCCAGAAAUCAAGUGUCGACUGAAGGAUAUUGAAGAUAAAUUGAAGUAAAUUAUUGCCACUAAGCACUCGAAGCAAAAUGCGCAAGUAAAUCUCAUAAAAAUUUAUUCCCAAUCACCAAACUCAUUCAGUGAAUUUACAA